GCAAUCGUCGUCUUCACCCAUCAGCGCAUCAUUCACCUGCAGAUCAUCGAAGCACUGCUCGCUUGCUCGCCGAGGAAGCAAGGAACUAGCAGGAAAAUUCUUUUGAGCAAUGGCGGCAGGGCUGCAGGUGUUCGGACAGCCGGCGUCCACCGACGUGGCGAGGGUCCUGACCUGCCUCUUCGAGAAGAACCUCGAGUUCGAGCUCGUCCGCAUCGACACCUUCAAGAAGUCGCACAAGCUCCCCGAGUUCAUCAAGCUACGGGAUCCAACUGGCCAGGUGACUUUCAAACAUGGUGACAAAACUGUUGUCGAUUCGAGGGCCAUCUGCCGCUACCUGUGCACCCAUUUCCCGGAGGACGGCAACAAGAUGCUGUACGGCACGGGCUCUCUGGAGCGGGCGUCGAUAGAGCAGUGGCUGCAGGCGGAGGCCCAGAGCUUCGACGCCCCGAGCUCGGAGCUCGUCUUCCACCUCGCGUUCGCGCCGCACCUCAAGGACGUGAACCCCGACGAGGCCCGCAUCGCGGAGAACGAGAAGAAGCUCCAGAACAUGCUGGGCGUUUACGACGAGAUCCUGUCCAAGCACAACUUCCUGGCCGGCGAUGAGUUCACCCUGGCCGACCUGUCCCACCUCCCCAACUCCCACUACAUCGUCAACUCCUCCGACAGGGGCAAGAAACUCUUCACCGCCAAGAAGCACGUGGCCAAGUGGUACGACAAGAUCUCCAACCGCGAGUCGUGGAGGCAGGUGGUGAAGAUGCAGAAGGAGCACCCCGGCGCGUUCGAGUGAUCGGUCGGUCGGCGGCGUGGUUGAUCUGCGGCGCCGGUUCCUCGCCGGCGGCGCGCGGCUUCGAUCGUCAGGCUUCAUUACCGUGAUGUGGUUGUCAAGUUCGUGGUAUCGUACGUCCUGUGGGCUAAAAUAACGUGAAGCCUGACUACGGUGUCUCUUGUCUUCUUUUCGCUACGUACGGAAUGCCCUUUCUGGGUAUUGUAUUGAUCAGUUCCUUUUGGUUGAUUCAAUAAAAAUGUACCCGAGCCUUUUUGCUCGUUUGCAGUGCAUUUGCCUUGUCAAGAUGAAAUUGGAAAGAGCACGUUGUUUCU